UUGCUGCAGCCCUUUCUAAUCUUGUUAAACUAAGAAGGGAGGAGAAAUGUAGUUUCCAAGACCUGAUUCUGUUAUUCCCAGUAUCUCUAUUGUUAUUGAUCAGGAAAUAGCUAAAUCAGAUCUUCUAAAGAAUGGUCUGAUUAGGAUGGAAUAGUUUUGAAAUUCACACAUGCACAUGAAAAGAAAAAUCAAUCUUUCAUGCAUGCACACAAUCUUACACACAUGCAUGAUGCUGUAUGUUAUAGUCAUCAGAGAACAGGGGACUUCAUUCAAAGUGAAACAAUGGACAAAUAUGUACAGAGGAAGUUCACCAGACUAAUAGAAUUACUUCAAUCAACACCAAGGACAACAAAAGAAUUUUAACAACAAGAACUGAUAAUAAUGGGUCACUUAAGAUGGAUCUUUGUGCACAUUAAUUUCACAUAUAGGGAAUUGCAUCCACUUGCACAAUAGAAUCAACACAGGAAGAAUGAAUGAUAGAUCUUCAGGCAACAAGAGAAGAGAAUUUCCUGAAGAAGAGAAAGUAUGCAUCCAACACUACAUAAUUAGUACAUGAACAUAGAUACACACUGACAUGUAUAUUUUGGGUUGCAUCAUAGAUAAGAUCAACCUAUAUGAACUUUAUAAUUUACAAUUGAACUUCUGAAGGACUCAUACAGUGACAACUGUUUGCAUUGAGAAGAUAAUGAUGUGGCUUUCUACAUUGCUGCUCCUGAUGCUGUUGACCAAAGAGGGCUUUGCACAUGACCCGAAUCUAUUCAUGCCUGUACAACCAGCCUGUGCUGCUUUAAAUGGAACCAUACCUCAAUGCUGCAAGGAAAUCAAAAUAUACUGUCCACUGUUAACUGAUGGCCUGUACUUCCUCCGGAGUGGAAAUGGGAACAUCUACCAGACCUUUUGUGACAUGAGUACUAGGGGAGGUGGCUGGACCCUGGUGGCCAGUGUGCAUGAGAAUCACUUGGCAGGGAAGUGCACCCAGGGGGAUCGUUGGUCCAGCCAGCAAGGUAACAGAGUCGACUACCCUGAGGGUGAUGGGAACUGGGCCAAUUAUGCCACCUUUGGAUGUGUAGAAGGUGCUACCAGUGAUGAUUACAAGAAUCCAGGUUAUUAUAGCAUUCAAGCUGAGAAUCUGGCCAUCUGGCAUGUGCCCAACAAGACUCCCAUGGAACAGUGGAAGACUAGUUCCCUGCUGAGAUAUCAUACUGCCAAUGGCUUCUUAAGUGAUUUGGGAUCGAAUCUCUUUCACCUCUAUAAGACCUAUCCAGUGAAAUAUGGGGCUGGUCAGUGUGAGAUUGACAAUGGUCCAGCUGUGCCUGUCAUCUAUGACUUUGGUGAUGCACGAAAAACUGCCCAUUAUUACUCUCCACUUAGCCAGAGUGAAAUAGUUGGAGGUUUUGUCCAUUUCCGGGUAUUUAAUGGACAAAACGCAGCCAAUGCCCUGUGUGCUGGGAUAAAAGUCAUUGGAUGUAACACUGAACAUCACUGCAUUGGUGGAGGUGGAUACUUUGAAGAAGAGGAUCCCAGGCAGUGUGGAGAUUUCUCUGCCUUUGACUGGGAUGGCUAUGGAACUCAUACUGCUGGUAGCAGCAGUCGGGAGAUAACAGAGGCUGCUGUGCUCCUGUUCUAUAGAUGACCAGCCAUUAGCAGAUUCAGGAAUGAGUAACUUCCCGUCCCCUAAGAAUCAACAUGAGAUGAUUCCUCUGGGCAUGGUGUUUGGAGAGAAUAAUAAAUCCCAUUAAAUCAUGA